GUUUAAAUGAAUCGGCAUUUGAGGAAGGCAGGUGCCUAGUCAGAGUGAGAGCGAGCCUGGGACGGAGAGAAAAACAGAGUCGUCGUCGUUUUUACGCUUCCAUCCGUAGACACAAACCAAGAGGUGUAAAAAGAAAACAAGGAAGAGAUCCCUACAGAUCUCGGAUCAAACAACCAAAUCGAACUAACUCAAAGUCAGAGAAAAGGGAAGAUGUUACCAACGGUGAGCAAAACGCGUUCCACGCCCUCCACAUCUCGACCUAACUCCAUGUUCCCUCAGUACCUACGUCGAAUUGUCAAGUGGCAACAAAUGGAUAUUGAAUAUACUUUCUGGCAAAUGCUUCACCUAUGUACUGCACCAAAGGUUGUUUCUGUUGUGCAUAUGAAUUACCAUGGCGGAUGCAGCUAUCAGCACACAAAAUAUCACAAACAAACCAAGAACCAGUGGGCACGUGACGACCCUGCUUUUGUUGUAAUCUGUAGCCUUCUUUUGGCAGUUGCAACAAUAGCUUAUUGUGCUGCGUAUGAUCACAGUGCUGCACAUGCUGUUUUUGUAGUUAUUUCAGUAUUGCUUUUCCAUUUUUUACUUACUGGAGUAUUUCUGGCUACAUGUUGUUGGUUCUUGACAAAUGCUUACCUUCGGGAAGAGGCUCCAAAUAGUCAUGUUGUUGAACAACGGGUUGAAUGGCUGUAUGCAUUUGAUGUGCACUGCAAUUCUUUCUUCCCGAUGUUUGUAAUGCUUUACGUAAUACAUUAUUUUGUGUCACCGCUUCUGGUAGCCCAUGGUUUUAUACCUGAACUUCUGUCCAAUCUGCUGUUCAUGGUGGCAGCUUCUUACUAUCACUACCUUAACUUUUUAGGUUAUGACGUACUUCCCUUUUUGGAGAGAACAACCUUUUUCCUCUACCCAAUUGGUGUCAUAAUUGUUCUAUCCCCUAUCUUGAUUUUAAGUGGCUUCAAUCCUUCAAGAUAUUUUAUGAAUAUGUAUUUUAGCCAAAGGAUAUGAUGCGCAGAUUGUGAGAUUAGUGACUGCUUUGGAGGCUGCAUCAAUGUUAGAAUGCUUGAUGAUUUGCAUACAUGUAAAAAAAGAAGAAGAAAUGCAGCAAAAAAUGAGAAAGAGGAAGAAAAAAAGGUAACCUCGACCUUCUUCAUGGUUUUUUUUUCUUACCAUCAGGAACAGAAAUCAGAACCGAACGAAGUUAGGUUAGAAAAAGGAUUUUUUCAAUGUUCAAGAUUGAUUGAUCAAAUGGAGCUAUUUGAAAUGUAAUGAUUUUGACCCCGUGUUUCUUAUUAAUAUAUAUUUGUGUUCUAUUUGGAAAAAAAAAUCCUAGCAUAUGGAUUCUGCAUUUUUUCAGUAUUUAUAAUGCCUGUGGGAUGUGCAUAGGAUUAUAAGUUUGCCAUUUGCUUCAUUGUGCCAAUUAUUGACGAGCUCCUUUAAAAUAUUGCUUGCUUGUGGAAGUGAGUUCGAUGUAUCUUUCUGUCAGCUUAGGAUGUAACCAAUUUCAGGCCAAGUUUUCCGUCAUUGGUGAUGCGCUGUAUAUGUGCAAAUGGUUUGUGUAUUAGUUUAGCAGAGAAUAGGGAUUUUUUAUUUUACUUCUCAUAUCCGUUUUUACAGUUCAUGGUCGGGGUAUGUGACUGAAGGAAUAGGGACUUUAAUAAAAUAUUUGUAAUUGCAAGUUGGCUCUUGUUAGAUUUGAAAAGAAAAAUGAAUUCAGUUCGAUCAUUAUCGAGAUGAUGGUUCCAAUAA